UGAGACCCGUAACAUAACUCAUGCAAUUUUGGAGGGAUAGCAGGAGGAGGACAGGAAAACAAGUUCUGCAUUGUGUGUCAACAGCCUCAGUCAAUGGAAUGCUGGGAGAAGAUGAGUCUGUGCAGUUUGUCUCCUGGGUUCACUCAGUCAUGCUCACUGCCUGUCCCCCACUAAUGCAUCAUGGUGCUUGUUAAUAUCCUCUACUCUGAGGGGAGGUUUAGCUCUGUCAAGGGGUGUGUGUUUGAAGGACUUUGGUAAAGCCCCAUCGGUGGCCUGGCAGCUCUCCCCUCUAAGAUGGCUGUUUCUACAGCACAAAGACACACUACAAGACCUAAACUAACAGAGCACUUUUCUCCUAGACGUUUUGUUACAUGGGAAGCCUCCUGUGACUGACAUGGUUCCUCGUCUGUGUGUCUGCGUGUUGUUCCAGAAUAACUCUGUGUCUCCGUCGGACAGCCUGCGUGCAGCCAGCGAUAAACACCGCAGUUCCUCUGAUUAUAGCAUGGACUCCAAGAAACGCAAGGUGGAGGAGAAGGACGCUAUGAGCAGAUACGAUAGCGAUGGAGACAAAAGUGACGACCUGGUCGUGGAUGUGUCCAAUGAGGUGAGAGCAGCUGGUCCCUUGCAUGUGUGUGUUUGAGUGGCCACGUAUGAGUGUGUUGGUAUGUUAGUGUGGUUGAGUUGCAGAGCCACAUUCUACCCGGUCUCUCUGGUAGCUAGUGACUGAACACUGGUGUCUUUGUUGAGGAACCAGAGCUGAC